UCAAAGCGGAUGUUGUUAUCAGCUGACAGUACUUCCACCUAGCGUCGUUUUUUUUUUGUAGCUUUUCAUUCACAUUAAGCUAAACAUUUUAGCAUGUCUGCGAAACCAACUUGUUUAAUAGUGGCAAGCGCUUCUCCUCAAGGGGUGUCAGCCAAAUCUUUCCUUCAGUGCUUCAGUCUUUGUAGCACAGCGUUUAAUCUGCAGGUGGCCACGCCGGGGGGAAAGACGAUAGACUUUGUUGGAGUGGAUGAAAGCACUGCUCGAUGGGUGCAGGACUUCAACAUCAAAUCUUACGCAACACCUGCUAAACUUGAGUCUAUAGAUGGAGCCAGAUAUCAGGCACUGCUCAUCCCAGACUGCCCCGGGGCGUUCCACGAUCUGGCCCACAGCGGCUCUCUGCACCGCAUCCUUACACACUUUAUCUCUCAGCAAAAGCCGGUCUGUGCCGUGGGUCAGGGCGUGUCAGGACUGUGUUGUGCCACAGAAGGGCAGAGGUGGAUUUUCAGUGGUUACAGCUUAACCGGGCCAUCAGUGUUCGAACUGGUGCGGAAGCCCGACUUUGCAAACCUGCCCCUGAUUGUUGAAGAUUUUGRAAAAGACAGCGGUGGAUCGUACACAGCAAGUGAAGAAGAUGCCGUUCAUGUAGUCAUCGACAGACACCUAAUAACCGGACAGAAUAUACAGUCAACGUCACUCGCAGUGAAUAAUCUGGUCCUGCUUUGUAAUGCCAAAUAAAUGUUCUGACUUUAAUUCAUGUAAACAUUUAUUCAGAAGAAAUCAUAAUCAAAUGGUAAUUCGUCAGAUGUUUGGCAAUGCUGUGAAUGUCUCAAUUAUUUUUAUCAUCGUCAUAAAUUGAAUAAAAAGGCACACAAUCUGUAUUGAUAUGUAAUGAAGCAUUAUUGAAGAAUUAGUUGUUUUUGUUCCAGCAAAGACGUGGAUCCAAAAAAACAGAGGGGAUUUCUAACUUCAGCCUACCACCGAACACAAACCAACCCCUUUUAUUUGACUUUUUGUGUUGAAUGUAGAUGUGCUACUACACUUCAAUUUGUACAAAUCACAAGCUCAGCUUAAAAAAAUAAACCAAACUGAAGGACCUGCUUUUGCUUUAAGUACCUUUUUUUGAACAAGUGCUUAUUUCAGUCACCCUGACGAGAUUUAUCAACACAUUCAUGACUCUCAAACAAGUUAAAUAUUAACCAAACUUUGUCCCUGCUUCAUUACAAAGAUUGUUUCAGUUUAAAGACAAAAAAAC